AUGGCGGCAGCUACCAGAGCUCUCCUUGUUGCCGCAGUGACCGCGGCGGCGCUGUUUGGCUCGGCGCUCGGCGCCACCUACACAGUCGGCGCACCGGCCGGGUCGUGGGACCUCCGGACAAACUACACCCGAUGGACUUCCACCAUCAGGUUCUACACCGGCGACGAGCUCCGGUUCCAGUACCCCGCUGCGGCGCACAACGUGGUGGAGGGUGCACCAAACAGUCAAAAUAAAAGGAAAAUAAAGGGGUUUAAAGUUGUGGGGGUCAUCAAAACAAUAGGCCCAUGGGAUACAACCAAGAUCAAGAAACCAGCGGCGGAGUGA